AUGUUGGAAAAAUGGAGACAAUAUUUUGACCAACUGCUCAACUGCGAAAAUCCAGAAGAAACUUUUGAAUGGACACUAGUAGAAACCAACGAUUACGAAUGUCUACCCCCUACUAUCAAUGAAACGAGACAACAAAUAUUAAGGUUAAAAAACCAAAAAUCUCCCAGAGAAGAUAGGAUUCAGGGAGAAAUAUUAAAAAAAUUAGAUGAGGAAACAGUAUCAAAAAUACAUAGUAUUAUUGAAAUUGUUUGGCAGGAGGAAAGACUCCAGGAGCAGUGGAAUACUGCGCUAGUGUGCUCUAUUCACAAAAAUAACGACCCCCAGAUAUGCAACAAUUAUAGGGGAAUUGCAUUAUUAAACGUAACCUAUAAAAUUCAUGCAUAUUGCUUAUUAGACAGAAUAAAGCCGAUUGCGGAAGAAAUAAUAGGGGAUUACCAAGGAGGUUUCAGACCAAACAGGUCAACAACAGACCAAAUAUUUGUGAUUAGGCAGACCCUUCAAAAAAUGUGGGAGUUCAAUAAAGACGUGUAUAUAUUAUUUGUGGACUUCAAGAAAGCCUACGACUCUAUCCACAGGGCAAGCUUAAUCAAUAUUCUAAGGGAAUUUAAGUUUCCAAAAACGCUAGUUAAUCUUGUAGAGGCAAGUUUAAAUGGAGCAAAGAUUAAAGUAAAUCUAGCAAAUACGUUGUCACAACCAGUGGAAGUGGUGACAGGCUUAAGACAANAGGGGUUGAGUUAGGUCGAUCGACAAUUAAUAUUCUGGCAUAUGCGGAUGAUAUCUCUCUAAUGGGAAGGAGUAGAGAGAUGAUAAUAAAAAUUGAAAAGUCACUUAUAAAGGCUGCGGAGAAAGUAGGACUAAGGGUUAAUGAAGAAAAAACAAAGUAUAUGGUGGUCAGUCGGAGAAAUGGAAAUCAGGUACAAGAAGAAUUCAUUGAAGUGGAAGAAUACAAAUUUAAAAGAGUGGACCAAUUCAAAUACUUAGGGUCAAUUAUAACUCAAGAUAACGACAUUAAAACAGAAAUUUCAACGAGAUUACAAUCAGCUAAUAAAUGUUUCUUUGGACUUAGUAAAAUUUUUAGAUCAAGAGCAAUCUCUAAGAAUUUAAAAGUUAGAAUGUACUUAACUUUGCUAAGGCCGAUUGUUCUGUACGGAGCAGAAACAUGGCCUCUGAGAAAGACUGAAGAACGAAGAAUUGCAGUAUUUGAGAGAAAAGUACUCAGGAAAAUGUAUGGGGCAUACUAUGAUGUUCUCGCAAAUGAAUGGAGGAAAUUACACAAUGAAGAAGUGCAAUCCCUUUUUCAACGACCGGAUAUACUGAAAGAGAUAAAGAAAAGAAGGCUAGUUUGGGCUGGACAUGCCUGGAGGAAACAUGACUCAUUAAUAAGAAGAGUAAUAGAGGAAAACCCAGUAGGGAGGAGACCUCUUGGAAGACCGCGUUUAAGAUGGGAGGAUUGCGUAAGGAGGGACACUGAAACAGUGGAGCCGGAGUGUCAUUGGCAGGAAGUAGCAGAGGAUAGGGAUAGGUGGCAGUAUGUUUAUCUAGAGGUAUGGUCUUGA